AUGGAUCAAAUCGAACGCAUCCUUUCACCCAUUACUGCAAAGCCUCCUCGCUCAAGAGGCACAUGUCCUAACGAAACUCCAUACCUGAACGAAAAUGGCCAUGUCGAUUUUGCACCUGGCGACAUCGAGAAUCCAAAGAACUGGUCGUCAGCCAGAAGAUGGUACAUCACCCUCGUUUCGGUUUCGAUGGUCACCAAUGCCACCUUCGCUUCUUCUGCACCAUCAGGGUGCCUACAGAGCAUGGCAAAAGAAUUUCACGUAUCGGACACGGUAGCCCAGUUGACCAUCACUCUUUUUCUCGUCGGAUACUGUGCUGGGCCUUUGUUCUUCGCCCCGCUUUCCGAGUUCUACGGCCGGCGAUAUAUCUUUCUUAUAAGUUUCUUCGCGUACCUGGCAUUCAAUGUUCUUUGCGCCCUUAGUGCGAAUUUCGCUUCUCUUCUGGUCGGUCGGUUUCUCACCGGCACCUUCGUCAGUAGCGCGCUCUCCAACGCGCCGGCGGUUUUGGUGGACAUAUGGAGUCCGCUGGAGCGAGGUAACGCAAUGGCAAUCUUCUCAUGUGCGACGAACGUAGGUCCAGCGCUAGGACCCGUUGUGGCAGGCUUUCUAGAACUGAAAAAGGACUGGAGAUGGGCCUUUUAUGUGCUCUUGUGGAUGGGAGGAGGCACAGCUGUGUUUCUUCUCACGCUUCCUGAGACACAACCAAACACGAUCCUGCAGGCGAAAGCAGAACGAUUGCGCAAGCUCAAGAUACCAGGCUUCGAAGACAUCAAAGCAUCUGUGGAAACAACGGACCGGUCUCUGAAAGCCAUCUACAAAGUCGCGCUGUCUAGACCCUGGAUUAUCUUGUUCGAUACGAUCUCUUUUCUCAUUGCCAUUUACAUGUGCGUUGUUUAUGCACUGCUCUACAUGCUAUUCACAAUCUACCCCGUUGUGUUCCAACAGAAGCGAGGCUGGAAUUCCGGGGUCGGAGAGUUGCCCCUAAUUGGAACAGCGAUCGGGCCAUGUCUAGGGGGUAUCGUCGUCUUCCUCAAGUCCAACCAAGACCGCAAAAAGGUUCUGCAAGGUUAUGAAUUGCAACCCGAAGAUCGAUUACCACUCGCCAUGAUAGGCGGCACAGGGUUUGCCGUGACGAUGUUCUGGUUUGCCUGGACAGGAGAGUAUAACAGUGUCCAUUGGAUAGUACCUACAAUAGCAGGCGUGUUUCUCACCGCGUCUAUCAUGCUCAUCUUCGUGACCUGCCUGAACUAUCUCACAGACACAUACAAAAUGUAUGCGGCGAGUGCAGUAGCCGCGAAUACAGUGCUGCGAUCCGCUGCAGGUGCUGCAGCGCCAUUGUUCACGCAAAAGAUGUUUGAUGCCCUUGGCGUUGGUGGAGGUGGAUCACUUAUCGGAGGUGUUGCUGCUUUAUUAGCGGUUAUCCCGUUUGCCUUCUAUAAAUAUGGUGGUGAAAUCCGUAGGAGAUCCAAGUUUGCACCGACGCAGCCAAAUCCCAGUACACCUGGUGAGAAGUCGGGACCGGCCGAGCCGAAGAAGAGUGAAACAUGA